AUGAGACCUCAUUUCAAAACCAAAAAUUCUUCCUAUGCAGAUUUUCAUCGUCAUGCUUCAUCUUACGAUUAUUAUAAAGUGAAAACAAUGAAUAGUAUGAAAUUUCAAAAUAUGUCAACAUUAUCAUGUAUACAAAUAAUUACUAUCGUUUCUCAACAAUUUAUUAUUUAUUCCAGUUUCAUUAUUUUAAUUCUGGGACUUGUUGGAAAUAUCCUAAACAUUAUUACUUUCACUUCUUUAAAAAUCUUCCGCAAUAAUCAAUGUAUAUUUUAUAUAAUUGUUGCAUCAAUUGUUGAUUGUGGUACAUUAUUAAUCGAAUUUAUUACUCGAAUUCAACUUAAUAUUUAUGAUUAUGAUUUAACGAAUAUAUCACUUGUCUGGUGUAAGAUAAGACCAAUGAUAUUUCAUACAUGUAUGAUGAUAUCAUUAACAACAGUAUGUUUUUCAUCUUUUGAUCAAUAUUUAUCAACAAGUCAUUAUUAUCGUUUGAGACAAAUGAGUUCAUUGACAUUAUCUAAACGAUUAACUUUUAUAAAUAUUUCCUUUUGGAUUAUAUACAGUAUUCCUUUCGGAAUAUUCUAUCAAAUUACAUCGGUAACUGGCUGUACUAUAUUAAAUCAAGGUUUUAAAUUUUAUUUUUCAUUUAUUCAUUUAUCGAUUUUAAAUGGUGUCAUUCCUCUUAUAACUGCAUCAGUUUUUAGUAUACUUUCGUAUCGAAAUGUUCGUCAUAUAAUUCGACUUCAAAUACCAAUUGUGAGACGAAGACUUGAUCGACAACUUACUGCAAUGGUUUUAAUACGUGUUUUAUACUUAUUCAUUGUUUCGAUUCCUUUUGGACUUUUUUUUAUAUAUACUCUAAAUACAUCCAAUAAUACAAAUGAUUCACUUCGAAUUGCUGUGGAACAAUUAAUCACCAAUAUUACUAGUACUUUUUAUUAUCUCAAUUAUGCCGGUUCAUUCUAUUUAUAUUGUUUCUCAUCAAAUCGAUUUCGACGACAAAUAAACUAUUUAUUAUUCAAGAAAAUUUGGCAAAAUUUUUAUAAAAAGAUAUUGUUCAAAACAACUGUACAACGUAAUCAAAUUGUUCCAAUAUCUAAAAUUUCUAAUUUCAAGUGA